GCCUACCAAUUUGUCUUGUUGACGCACGCGAAAAAAAAUAAUAAUAAUAAAAAUUAUUUGUCUCCUCGUCGGAUUCUCCAAAAUUCCCCAAAUCUACCGUUCAAAUCGCUCUCUAAAUUGAUCGAAUCGAAGGAAGAAAGCAAUGGAGAAUUCGGGCAGCUCUGUGUCUUAUUGCGAGAAGAUGGACGGCGUGGCUCGGUGGUUCGGGACGAGCGUGGCUGCGGCGUUCUUCGCCUCCCUUGACCGUUGCUCCUGCGUCAACCUCGCCACUAACGAUACAGACGAUGAGGACGAGGAAGAGGCCAAGGACCGCCCUCUCAUGCUCGCCACCCUCAACCCUAUCAGCUCCACCUCAUCCUCCGCCGCCAUUUCUAAAGUCAACAAUCCUCCUUCCUCCGUCGAGAAACUCCCCGUCUGAUCAUGAUCCUCCAUCUGUCGAUGAUCGGUAAAAUGUUUUAUAUACCCAUUUAUAUGUAUGAUAACAGUGUAUAUGUGGCUACUGAAUUUGUGUAUCACGCUUCUAAAAUUGAAUGGAUUAUCAGUAAGUUUGAGAUGUUGAGUUUCAAUUGAUCGUUUGGUCCUUAUGAGAAAUAGGGCAUUUUAA